AUGGCGGAGAUCCCUCUGUACUUUGUGGACUUGCAGGAUGACUUACAUGACUAUGGAUUUGAAGAUUGUGGUCCAGACUCUGACAACGGGAGGGUCACGGCUUUCUUGGACAUCCCUGGCCACGAUAACCUGCCUCUGCUCACUCGCUUGGAAAAGCACGCAUUCAGCGAAAAUGUCUUCAGCCACCAGAUUGUUGCCAGAGGACUACUGGAUGUUUUCCAGGAUGUCAGCCACAGUGACGAGGACGUUUUGGCAGUCAUGGAUGUGAUGGUCCGUCUGUCAGAAGAUGCAGAGCCCACAGUGCAGACUGAGCUGAUGGAGCAAAUCCCUCCCAUCGUCGCUUUCUUACAAGAAAGCAGGUUGGAUUUUCCUGUGGUAGUCUCUCAGUACCUGGUACCUGUUAUCGUGCGGUACCUUGCGGAUCCAGACAAGCAGAUAAUCUGCAGAAUGGCAUCCAUGCUGACUAAGAGCACAGUUAAGCACCUGCUGCUGCCUCGAUUCUGUGAACUGUGUAGUGACGGGAAACUCUUCCAAGUUCGGAAGGUCCGUGCCACGCAUUUUGGUGAUAUUUGUCAUGCUGUUGGACAAGAAGCCACUGAGAAAUUUUUGAUACCAACAUUUUUUGAGCUAUGCUCCGAUGACCUGUGGGGGAUGCGGAAAGCAUGCGCUGAAUGCUUCGUGGCCGUGUCCUACAACACCUCCCCUGAGGUCCGCAGGUCCCAGCUCUCGCCUCUCUUCAUCAGACUCAUCCGUGACUGUCGAUGGGUGCGCCAAGCUGCCUUCCAGGCACUCGGGCCCUUUAUCUCCACGUUUGCAAGUCCGUCCCGGGCUGGCCUGUGUGUCCAGGAGGGCGGCACCCUGAGCAUCCGGCCACCGAGCCAAGAGGGGGAGUCUGCCUUUGCCUCGGGGAGGCCCAGCAUUUGCAGUACCACCUCCUCAGCAGGUUCUAAAACACCUGUGCACGUGGAGCCAGAUCUCCUUCCAGAAGGGACCUCAGCAGAGACCAGUCAUCUGCAUGGCAGCACUUCUUCUGCAGACACAAGAGAAAACCAGCCAGGGAGCCUGUCCUCCACCAGAGCUGAAAUGACUGCAGUUUCCCCAGAGUUCCCAGGUGUCAGGGGCUGCCUCAGCAACAGUUGCCCUGAAGCAGGUCCAGGGACUUCCGAGGAUAUGUUCAGCACUUUCCUGUAUUGGCGAACUCCUCUGCUUGACAUAAGCAAAGAUGUGGAGGUACUUCUGAGUGGGACUGGGCCACUGGAGGACAGCCACAGUGGACCUGAGGCUGCGUGUGACAGCUGUGUGGCCAGGAGCGAGAUCCAGAAAGUCCUGCAGAGUCUGCAGGGGCAUCUGCUGCAGAACCCAGACAUUCAAGCUCAAGUUCAGGUAUUAUCUGCUGCACUGAGAGCAACACAGCUCGGCUCCACUAGUGACCCCGAGAGCAGGCAGACAGAAGGUCUAAACGAAGAGUCCGUCUCAGAUCCCAGCCCUGUCUCUGACAAUCACCUCGUCCUGUCGGCUUCAUCAUCUCAGAAUGAGCUCUCCGCAGCCAGGAUAUUACAGAGCACAGAUCAGACGGAGCCUCAGAAUAGAACCAGUGUGCAUCUGGAGACAGAGCAGGGGCAAGAACCUACCACACUCGAGGAGAAGAAAGCUAAAGUGCAGGAUAUAAUCCCUCAGCCUCUGCUUGACCAGUUCGUGUCCAUGACUGACCCAGCCAGAGCCCGGACUGUGGACACUGACAUCACCAAACACUGUGCCUACAGCCUCCCUGGGGUGGCCCUGACCCUUGGCCGGCAGAACUGGCACUGUUUGAAGGACACCUAUGAAACUCUGGCUUCCUUCUGGUACCGGCUUUGGAAGGUCCGGCGGACCCUCGCCUUUUCCAUUCAUGAGCUGGCAGUGAUUCUCAGGGAUCAGUUGACGGCAGCUGACCUGGUGCCUGUCUUCAGUGGCUCUAAAGAUAUGGAUGAAGUGCGUGUAGGAGUCCUUAGACAUCUGUAUGACUUCCUAAAGCUGCUCCAUGAGGACAAGAGGAGAGAGCACCCCUGGCCGCUGCAGGCGUUUGCGGUGACUGACAGCAGCAGGCUGGGGUUCCGAUAUGAACCAGCAGAGCAACUGAUCCUGAUCUUGGAUCUCUAUGGUCCCAGCGACAUUCACGGUUAUCUGAGGCACGUUGCCCUGAAGUUGUGUGCAGACAAAGUUUUUCAAGUGCGCUGGAUUUCCUUCAAGCUAGUGGGGGCCGUGCUACGCAAGUUCUACUCCCACGGUGCGUCUGCUCUGGGGCUCGGCUUCACCCAGGAGCUCACCUCGAGGCUCGCCCUGCCCUAAGUGGUCGGAAGACAGGCUCUGGCCUGCAUCUGUCAGGCUGUGGUGAGUGAAGAGUCUGUCACUGUGGACCAGUUUGUGGAUCACCUCCUUCCCAGCCUCCUGAGCCUGGCGUCUGAUACUGUGCCAAAUGUGAGGGUUCUGCUGGCCAAGGCCCUGCGGCAGACACUGCUGGAAAAGGCAUAUUUUAGAAAUGCCAGGAACCAUCAUCUUGAAAUUGUUGAAGAGACCCUCCUGGCUUUGCAGUCUGACCUGGACCAAGAUGUUUCAUUUUUUGCUUCCUUCAAACCAAAGAUGCAAAAUGCUAUAGACAACACUAUACUGGAAAACUAGAACUCGCACCCUGUGACGGGUACACAGAGAUGGCUUCAGUGCACACAUGCCUGUAACUCAAAGGGAAUCCAGUUGAAUCAUAGCUUCUGGAAGAGGCUUAUUUCAGGUGACGGGGCAGCCCUAUGCCUCACUCUUGUAGACCUGAUCCUUGGCAGUUUAGAAAGAUUGUAGAUUCAGGCACCGAUAACUCUCUGGCUUCCACGAGAGCAGUUGGUUUUUAGGAGAGACUGAGUUACUUAAAAUCUCCUGAGAGUCUGGUAUAAUUGUUCACAUCUGUAACCCCAGCACCUAGGAGGCUGGGACAGGGAGAUCAGGAGUUCAAGGUCAAUCUAGAGAAUUCCAAGUCUGUCUGAGCUACCUAACAAAACCCUGUCCAAGGAAACGAAACAUAAUACAGCUCCCCUCGCCAAUAAAGCAAUUUAGUGGAUGCUUGUACGUCUUCUCUGGGCUUGCUGCCCUAAUCCUUUCUGAGAAAAUGGAGUUUAUGGCACUGUAUUUUAUCUCCAACUGAAAUACUUACUGUGCAUAUGUAAAUAACUUGACAGGAAGAAAAUAUAUGACUGUAACACUAGCCUCCCCAGUGAACAAACAUAUCAAGUGAAGUCAUGUCCUGUUCUGGAGCCGCUGCAUGGGCAGCUGUCUGGAUGACCUUUGAAGUGUGUCCUAGGAAAGAAGGGUUCUGCCUCUGCUGUGGGGCUCCUCUCAGGUGUUGUACUUUUGUUACAGACUGCUGUACUCAGAGUCUUUCCUCCAGCUUUUACCCUUUCCCUCUUCAAGAGACUGUGAAAAUGUGUGUUGGUCUUUGAGAGCAGAGAGUCAGUCACAGGUUGUUUUUAAAAAGGAUUCAAGUCAAGUUGCUGAGAUGCAUGGAUGUUGACUUACACUUCAGACUCAGAAAAAGAAAGAAAGAAAGAAAGAAAGAAAGAAAGAAAGAAAGAAAGAAAGAAAGAAAGAAAGAAAGAAGGAAGGAAGGAAGGAAGGAAGGAAGGAAGGAAGGAAGGAAGGAAGGAAGGAAGAAAAGUCACAAUUUUGACCAGAACUUUCUACAGGCACCAUUGGUUUGGGGAGUUAAGUUAUAUACUCUUUACAUUGGCUUAAGUACACAGAGCUUAGAUUUCCUACUUUGGAAUCUCAGAUGAACAGAAAGAUGCUAUAUAGUUUAAGUAGGUUUCCAUUCACUACUAAUUCUGUAUCCUGUAGACAUCUGGUUAUGGUGCUGUGUCAGUGUCUAUACCAGCUUCGUGAUUCUUAUCUUAACAAAGGUGGGGAGCAGCCCAUGGGGCUGGAGCAACUGUAAAGUCAUAUGUUGAAUUUCCUGGUAUACAGGAUACCCCUGAAGGGACCCAAAUACCAUUGAUCUUGUUAUUUAAAAAGAAAGGAAGGGUCUGCACUGUGCCAAAGAGAAUGGGAAAUGUGUAAAGAACUCCAGUAGCAAGCAUAGGCCACGUUUGUGCUGCUUUAGCACAGAGUUAAUUUCUUCAAGUUAGAGGCAAAAGAUUA